GAGAGGUAUGUUUUGCUUCCCCCACCACUUACUGCACUUUAAGCACCACUCAGUUUUUCCAAACAACUUAAAACCAACCAAAGCUUUACAAGUGCCCCAUCCUCUCUCUCUUUCUCUAUCUAUCUAUCUAUCUAUCUCUCUCUAUCUCUUAACUCUAAACACAAGCACACACACAGUCCCUCUUCUUAAAUGCUCAUAACCACACCCAUAUUCACCUGUCUCCCACCACAGGCCAUUUACUCACACUCCACCACCCCAAAACCCCCCCAUUCCUCCUCCUCCUCCUCCACUUUCUCUCUUCCUCUUCUCACAUUUCCCCUUCUCUCCCCCAUAAAAAAGAAGCAUGGCCUCUAGUAGUAGAAAUAGUAGUAGUAGUUGUAGUAGUAGUAGUAGUAGUAGUAAAAGAGUUGCACCAAUGAGUACCACAAUGUUGGUGCUUGUUAUGGCCCAAGUGUUGGUUCUCAUAGUGGGGCUCUCUCAUGGGCAGGGACUGGUCCCUGGAGUAAUGAUCUUCGGCGACUCGGUCGUCGACGCAGGCAACAACAACAACCUCGACACAUUUGUGAAGGCCAACUUCCCCCCUUAUGGAAGAGACUUCAGCAACCAUUACCCCACCGGAAGGUUCUGCAAUGGCAAGCUCGCCACCGACUUCACCGUGGAGAAUCUGGGUUUGAGUACAUACCCACCAGCUUACCUUAGCCAAGAUGCACAAGGGAAGAACCUCUUGAAUGGUGCCAACUUUGCUUCUGCAGCCUCUGGCUACUUAGAUAGAACAGCAAACUUAUAUAGAGCAAUUUCACUGAGCCAGCAACUGCAGUUUUACAAGGAGUACCAAUCAAAGGUGGUGGGGAUCGCCGGAAGAGCGAAAGCGGCGGCCCUCAUCUCCGGUGCCAUCUACAUUUUGAGCGCCGGCAGCAGCGACUACGUGCAGAAUUACUACAUCAAUCCCCUGCUCAGGGGAACAUACACUUCUGAUCAGUUUGGGGACUUGCUUCUUCAGUCCUUCAACUCGUUCGCUGAGAAUCUAUACAAUCUGGGAGCGAGAAGGAUCGGGGUGACGUCACUGCCGCCGAUGGGCUGCCUCCCCGCAGCCAUCACACUCUUUGGGGCCGGCAGAAAUGACUGCAUUGUGUACCUCAACAAUGACGCGAUCACCUUCAACAAAAAGCUCAACGCCGUCUCCGAAGCACUCAAGAAAAGGCAUUCUGAUCUAAAGCUCGUCGUGUUCGACAUCUACAACCCUCUUCUUGACCUCAUCAAGAACCCUCAAAACAGCGGGUUCUUCGAAGCAAGGAAGGCGUGCUGCGGGACGGGCACAAUCGAGACAUCCCUCCUCUGCAACGUAAGAUCGCCAGGGACCUGCUCUAACGCCACAGGAUACGUUUUCUGGGACAGCGUCCACCCCACCGAGGCCGCGAACAAAGUGCUGUCUGACACUAUUUUGCUUCAAGGGAUCGAUCUUAUCUCCUAAUUAAGUGCACUAUUAUCAUGCUCUAAGAGUCCUUAAUCUAUCUGUUAAAUGUUUACUUGCAUUUACGAGUGGUGGCUAGUUAUGUGUUAUCAGAAUGUUAUAGACAGGUGUUAUUGGGCGUGUUAGUGAGUGCUUAUAGCUGUUAUUAUAGGUAAAUAAUAUGAUAGUGGGUGCACCACAAUUUUCGCAGUUGUGAUUUAAUA